UCUCAUCACUGUUCUCUCGGCGGAGGAGAGUGGGACUCUGUGCUUACUGCAGGGUCACGCGUCACGCAUUGCAAUGUUAGUACAGAGGCAACGCUCAAACGGAAAGCACGUUAGUGGCCAGACUCUUGAGCCGGUUUGAAUGAGAAUUUAACCGAUAUCAUGUUACUCAAGAUCGUGUCCUGCACAACGUUGUGCUACCUGGCCGCAGCUGGAUCGCUCGUCGUGCUUCUGGUUUUACUGGCGGUGUACUUUUACGUCCACAACGGGAUGGGAAUCUGCGAAAGCAAGAAAAGAAUGGACGGGAAGACUGUAAUAAUUACCGGAUGCACGUCUGGUAUCGGAAGGGAGACAGCGAGAGACCUGGCGAAAAGAGGCGCGAGAUUGAUCAUGGCGUGCCGGAAUUUGGAAGCGGCGGACAGAUUGAAAGAGGAAUUGAUAAAAGAGUCUGGGAACGAGGGCAUCGUCACGCGAAAACUUGACCUCUCCUCGUUCGCCUCGGUGAGGGAGUUCGCCCGGCAAGUAAACAGCGAGGAGGAGAGACUGGACGUGUUGAUCCACAACGCUGGAACGGCUCAAUUGUUCAAGAAGAUGGUGACCGAGGACGGAGUUGAGAUGACGAUGGCCACUAAUCAAUACGGUCCAUUUUUGCUCACGCAUCUUUUGAUCGACUUGUUGAAACGAUCGAAGCCGAGUCGAAUAAUCAUCGUCGCGUCCCAGUUGUACGUCUUGGCGAGAUUAAAUUUGGACAACGUGAAUCCAACUACCAGCUUGCCCGGCUAUCUCUACUACGUCUCGAAAUACGCGAAUAUCGUGUUCAGUUUAGAGUUGGCGCGACGUCUCGAGGGUUCCGGGGUCACCGUCAAUUGCCUCCAUCCAGGAUUGAUAAGCACAGGUAUAUGGAAAGCUCUCCCGCCCCCUUUCUCGUGGAUGCUCAGUUUUCUGCUCAACCUCCUCUCGAAAACGGUGGAGCAAGGGGCGCAAACGACCAUACACCUUGCCGUCUCGGACGAGGUGAGCGACAUCUCCGGCAAAUACUUCGUGGAUUGCAAAGAACGGGAAUUAUUUUGCGGUGUCAAGGAUGAGGCACAGGCUAAGAAAUUUUGGGAGCUGAACGAGACAAUGGUGAAACUUGAACCGUCGGAUCCAAAAAUUUAAAAAGAUACUUAAGAAUAAGCGAGGAGGAUAUACUCGCAAUUAUUUAAUGAUAAUAUUAUUUUCGUAUAAAAGAAUUAAUUGGUUCGAAUAAAAAUGUUUCAUUUCA